AUGGCCUUAUAUCUCGGUCGCCAAGAGCGCUUCGAGCUCGCAGAAGCUCAAUGUGGUUUUAUGCCACUCAUCAUGCUGGCUUCUUUGUUUCGGAACUCUUCAGCUAGCGAUACGUAUGGUACUAUAUCACGGAACGUCAGCAAGCUACUUGAAAUCCAUCCACUACUUACAGCAAGUGUCGCUGAUAGACUAACGCGAAAGCCACGAUGGCAGGCGAACGAUUUGCCAUUAGAACUCCACUCGGUUGUUCAUCUCGAAGAUACGAGGACUUGGGACUUAGAGGAUGUCAUGAACAAUGAGGAAGAUUGGGGUCUAUCGUUAGAUCUGGAUCGAGGACCUCUUUGGAGGAUCGGUAUCUAUAACACGACUGGUUCCACAGGUUGCUUUGUCACCUUGACGCUUUCCCACGUACUCAUGGAUGGAAGUGGAGCUCUCAAAUUCUUGAAGCUCCUCCUCCUCGGUCCUGAGUUGGAUGCCAACGAUACAAGAGCUGAGUCUUUAUGGCCACGCGCUGAGGACACUAUGGAUAUGUGUCCAACCUAUAUGGAGGCAGCACGUGCGAUUGGACAGGAAAUUCUGAUCAAUUCGUUGCCUGCUUGCUUUCAUGGACCAUUCCGAAAACCGUCGUUCUGGCCUACGGCGGAAAUGCUUGACAAACGCCCAACGGACUGCCGGAUCCGUAGACACCGGCUCGAUUUUGGCAGCUCUGGACAUACGAUUGUCGCUGGCUUGAAAAGCUUUGGCAAGUUCUCCGGCGCUGGUUCGAUGCAAAGCCUUAUCCAUACGGCUUGCUUGACGGCCCUGCUCUCAGCAACCUCCGACACUGAGUAUCGAGAGCCUCCGCCAACGCGUAUCACUACAGAGACGCCAAUCGCACUUCGCGCUGGACAGCUUGGUCACCCGCCAUUAGUUGGCAACUAUACCGCACUAGCCGACUUCGCAGCAGAUAUCGAAAAACUCAAAACUCAGACAAUCCAUCAGACCACGUCAGAAUAUCAUUCAUACAUACAUUCGACGGUUGGCAAAGAAGCAGCGAAACGGCGAGCGGGCAUGCUUGGAUUGAUACCUGACAUACCGUAUCCCGGCACGCCAUCGUUUGUCGUCCAAGGUUCAAAAGUUACUCCAUGUCCGACAGGUUUCGAGACGUUCUUAACUCAGCAGGGUGCGUCGAUUGUGCCCUACCGCAGCUCCUUUGCUCUAUCAAAUCUUGGCUUGCUAGAAUUAGACGAAGGACCGCAAGAGGUGAAGAACAAAUUACAGGGGUUGUGGUUUUCGCAAUCGCCCAUGCCUUGGGGUGUGGCUUUUUACGUCGAUGUAGUUGGCUGCUCUGUCCAGAAUCUUCAUGACCAUGAGUUUCACACUGAACUUGGCAUCGUGUUAUCGUGGUUAGAUGGAGCUAUCAACAACGAGUUAGCGGAGAUGUUUGGGCGAGUACUGUUGGUGCAGAUUGAAAAGCUUGCUAGGGCUGGCAACACCGGUAUAGAUGCUGUGACCCUUAUCAAGGACACCACAUUGCAGGAUCUGGCUCGCCAGUGCGGUGACCCCUACAACUGA